AUGCGUCUUAUCUGGACCAUUGGGAAAUUGACCAGUGAUGUUCUCCGUGUUGCUGCGCAAGCCCGCAAGAAGACCCUUGGUCCAUUCAGUCCCACGUUCAACAUAACAAAAAUACUGCGCAGUGGACUCGAGGAGGUUCUCGCGGAGAAUGCCCACGAGAUCGUCAGUGGCAGGUUGCAUGUGUCCAUGACAAGGAUUUGCGAUGGCCAGAACGUGAUUGUCUCUCAUUUUGAGACCCGGGAGGAUUUAAUCCAGGCGUUAUUGAGCAGCUCGUUCAUCCCGCUGUUUUCGGGAUAUCUGCCGCCGAGUUACCGCGGUGUCCGAAGCUUUGACGGUGGGUUCUCUGAUAACCUGCCCAUCCUGGACGAGAACACGAUUACAGUGUCGCCAUUUUGUGGCGAAUCCGACAUCUGCCCGCGUGACGGGAACACUGCGCCCAUGUUGCAGUUUCGGGGGGUGAUGUACAUGGAUGGAGGUGCGACGGACAAUUGUCCUCGACUGGACGAGAAUACCGUCAUGAUUUGUCCGUUUGAAGGCAACUUUGACAUCUGUCCUCGGGACGAGGCCUUGAAGGUGUUCGCGGUGAACUUGGCGAAUACGAGCAUUGAAGUUUCGAAGCAAAAUCUUUACCGUUUCGCAAGGAUUUUGUUCCCGCCUGAACCGGAGGUUUUGUCAAAAAUGUGUCAGCAGGGAUUUGACGAUGCGUUGCAAUUCCUGCAAAGAAAUCGCUUGAUCUCUUGCACGCGUUGUUUGAGCGUGCAAUCCACGUUCACAUUGCAAGAAACAGUUGAAGAACAUGAUGAGUAUGACCCUGAUUGCGGGGAAUGUCGAUCACAACGCCAGGCUGCCCUUCUGGAUAGCUUACCGGACGUAGUGACAAAUACACUUCAAGAAUACAUCGACGCUGCGAACAAGGGCUUGAUGAACUGGAUUUUCAGACAUCGGGGCGCCAAGCUCAUAUCGAUUCUCUCUUUGCCGUACCUUUUGCCGUUGGACAUCGCUCAUGCUACUUUUUUGCGUUUUCUUGACCUUGCGCCGACUGUGGGCAGUAACAUUGCCAUUCUUGCCGGCGCCAUUGCCAAAUACCUCGUCGUUCUCGUUCAGAAGUUUGACAUGAAGCGUCGCCAGUUCAACGCUCAAUUUGUUUGUCAGCUUGCGAUUACGGAAUACGCUCAACUUGAAGCUGGAUGCCCGGAGAAAGACAAGGCAGCCAGCGUGAGGAAUAACUAUCAAUUUGGAUUCAGCUUUGAUUUGAACCGGGCCGAUGGAGCGCAGCAGACGGAGUUGCCAAAUGAGCAGGACAUUGUGAUUGAGAUGAACGAAAAGGCGUUGCGAGAUGGCGUGGCGCACGUGGAUUCGAAUAGUCCUUCGAUUGAGGCGCCGCCGCCUUCGCCGAUUGAAUAUACUGGUGCUGCUGCCGAAGUAGAGCGUGAAGAAGCGAUUCAGAAGAUACUCGGCAUGGCUUCGCAUCAAGAAGCCGUGAUGGCUUUCUACUACCGCGAUGCUGAAGACAAGGUUCGGGUGACUGAAAUUUUCGAUGUCACGGAAACGGAGAGCGAGGGUGAAGCAUGGAAUAACUUCAUGCACGAUCCUGCACAUUUAUGGGAGAACAGAGAGUCGAAUUUCACUGCGUCUGCCAGUGAGAGACCGACUUCAACGAUCGACGCAUCAGUCGGGCGAUAUGACCAUGCUUUUGCUCGCCAUGAUUCCGAGUACUUUGUUGAAGGGGACUUGUUGCCCUCUGGACCCUUCAUGACCGGGAAAGCGUUUUGAAUUUACAUGGUGGACAUCCAGAUUUUUUAUUAUUAUUGGGAGUAAGCGGACGACGUUUUUUCAGAUAAUUCUCAGGGAUUUCAAGCGCCGAAGGAUUGCAAAGUUCGGGUUUUUAUUUGUGCUUUACGGUUUGAUUUGCAAACGUAAGACGUGGAAUCUAACGAGUGAAAAGAAUACGAGAGGUUCGAAUCAAGGCUGUUGAAACGUCGCUUGUGAAAAUGUGCCCAUGCCAAAAUUCAUCCGCGUAUCCAUGUCGGAUUUUGUAGAAUAAACUUGAGCUCAGUGGAUGUCGUGAACGGAGAUAAUGUGGAUUAUGAUCUUCAGUUUGACAUUUUUCCCGGUAUGCGAAGGAUCAAUGGAAUCGUACCGUCAUCUCGUCACGAAAGAGUUGGUGUACAGAGUGCAACUUUUUGAUCGAUUUUUUUUUUCUCCGUAGUCAAAACGUUAAAACCUGUGAGGAGAUGGCUGGAUAAAGAAUUUUUUCAUUAUGUGGAGAUUGUAAUUAAGUUUUCGGAAGAAGGAAAACGAAGCAGCUCGGUAUUUAUUUUGCGCUCGCGAGGCCGUUUUUUGUUUGUCUUUGUCGUGAAAGAAAUUCGCUUUUCUUUUAUUGCUCGUAAAACGAUAGGGGAAGGAACAGAAGAGAUUUUGGGGAGAGGUUUUGGGAUGAGUGAUUUGGACUUUGUGACAGAAAUGCGGUGGCUUUGAACUCGAAAGCUCGGUUGAAACCAUAUGCACGCGUACGGAUUGCUUGGCGUUUUUGUGAUGCGAUGUCUUCUUUUCUGUUUUGUGGUUGAAACAAAAGUGUUAUUCCUCCUUUUUCUCUUCUUCUCCUUCUUUAUUUCCGGCGCAGAUGAGGUUGACGAACGCUUUGUAGUCGAUGAACGCCUUACCGUCCUUCUCGUACACUGGUGCGUCACGAAGUGCCACGUCCAACUUGAAAAUUUCCAUUCAUCAAUUUUUUGUAUUGCAUUGAAGUUUUGUUUGGGUUUAAAAAAAUAUCUCUUGAUCAAAUCGAAUUCUCAACAGAAUUUUAGUGAGAAAGUAAUUAAGGACCAAAUGCUAGUCUCCGUGUAUCAACCGGCAGAAUAGUUUUUUACGCCGCUGUCAUGGAUCUUUUUGUGAAUAAAAUUCAACUUUUAGAAAAUAAAUA